AUGUCCUCUUCCGAAUAUUCGGCAGUCUUUCUGGCCGAGGAUCGCCGCCAACCAGCAAUUAUUGGCAUGGUCGUCGUGACCACGCUUUCACUGCUUGUCGUUCUUGUUCGCCUGUAUGCUCGGGGAUAUCUGAUCCAUGAACUAGGGUGGGAUGACCUCACAAUCGUGAUUGCACAGUUGGUCAGCUGGAUAGUCUUGGGGCUUUCAAUAAUGGUCAUCCAUUAUGGCUCUGGUCAGCAUCUCGCGGCAUUGAUGAACGACCCAGAAACACUAGUGCACAUGUAUAAGUGGCUUGUUGGGGCUCAACUCGUGUAUAUGUUCAAUUUGUGGUUGUGUCGCGUCUCCGGGAUUGCCUUUUAUGCUCGUCUCAACCAAAUGCCGCGGUUUAUCCUCUAUCUCCGUAUUUCUUUCGCUUUUGUGACGUUUGUGUAUGUGGCGCAGACACUUAUUGUUGCUCUGCAGUGUAUUCCUCUCGCUGCUCUGUGGGGUGGCGCAGAAGGUAAAUGCAUGGGCUCGGUGACUGUUUUUAUUUCGACGUCUGGACUGACUAUAGCCUGUGAUUUGCUUGUCCUGCUGUUACCAAUCAACAUUAUAUUCUCACUAACUUCGAUUCUCCGAAUGGUGUCCAUGAUUGUCGCCCUCCGACACCCGGAGGACGCAACGUGGUAUUUCUCUGUCGUGAUGGUGUGGUCUACCACAGAGACCAGUGCCGCCAUCAUCGCUCUUUCUCUCCCAGCGUUACGAGCUUUGUUCGGGUUCUGGAGUAGAAAGCGAUCGACGAUGAAUCAUAGUGAUUCGGAUCAAACUAGGACGAUUGGCCUUCAGACGAUUUCGAGGUCGGCAAAGCAUCUUAUAUCCGACGAGCAUCAUAUUCAUCAGGCAACAUUUGAUGUAGACUGGGGGACAAAUCGGAGCCAGGAGACGCUUUGGGGUGUCAAGGAUGGGAAGGUUCAAGUCGAGGAUACGGCUCGCGUGGGUGUUGGGAAGCCUUCGUUCCGGUAG